GCUCUACGACCUGUCCCGCUGGGGAGCGGGCAAUGCCGUCGUAUCCCGUUGCUUGCGAUGCCUGAAAGACCCGAGCGAGCCGGCGUCCGGCAAGCUUGCGAUGAUGCGAGUGCUUGACUUCCUGAUGGAUGUAAAGGAUGGCCAGCUUGCGGAAGCCCUCUCCAGGGAGCUGAAGUUCUUCGUUAACAUCGCGAAGAAGACCAAGGAGAAGGAGCGGCGAAAGCGACGCCCGACCUCCGUCUUCUCCAACAAGGCAGCUCCGGAGGACAUCGAGUCCAUACUUUCCAUCACCCUGGAGCUCUUAGACAAGUGGGGACGAUACUACGAGGCCGCCGGGAGCCCGGGAGGCGCGAAGAUCGUGGAUGCCUGGAAGGAGCUGACGAAGGAGAACGUCCGCUUUCCCCAUGGCCCCGCGGAGUACGUCUUCCUCACGAAGCCCUCCGCUAGCCGCGAUGCGGGUGCCUUCGGCUUUGGCAGCACUGGCGGCGGCGGUGGAAGCUCGAGCUUUGGCGGCUUUGGGGUGGAGGUGUCGGCUCCAGGCUCGAACUCGGAGCUCUCGGAGCCGGCGUUGCAGAGCCUGGCGGCGGCCGUGCAGAGCGCCGUGGCCCAAUAUGGGCCCGGCUCGCCGGAAGCUGGGGAGGCCACGGCGCACUUCGAGUCGAUGCUGGCCCAGUGGCAGCAUGCAGCAGCAGAAGCUGUGGAGAGGGGCGACAUGGCAGCCUACGAGCACUUUUCUGCUGUCGCCGUUCGCUAUGCAGAGCUCCAGAUUGGGUCGCCCUCGGCUUCGACGGAGAAUUCACGGACCUUCUCGGGUGUGUCAGGCGUGUCCCCCUCGCCCCCCGACUCAGACACAGUGCCGGAGAGCCAUAGCAGCUCGCACAAGAAGCAUCGUCGCCGGAAGAAGGAGCCACAGCCCGACACAUUUGAGGUCCCGCCCGAGGUGGCGAUGACACCGAGCUUCGGCCACCCAGGGAGCGACUGGGCAGAGGCAGAUGCGGCGGCGGCAGCUUACCGCGCCGGGGAGUUUGGUGGGAGCUUCGGCGUGGGCUCCUCCGGCUUUGCUUCCGACCCAGGGGAUUCCAGCGACCCCUUCGGGGCCCCUUCGGGGGCCCAGGGUCAGGGCAUGAGCACGGAGGACUUCGGGGGACUCGCUGGUGGCCUUUCCGGCAGCUUUCCAGAUGCGGGCAUGGCGCAGUUUGGAAGUCAACCUGGUGCAUACGGCGCUGCAGGCUAUGACUAUGGCUUCAACACGGGAGCAUUUGAUGCACCCGGCGGCCAAGCGACCCAACCUUCAAUGGACUAUGAUCAGCAGUUCGCUCGAGGCACGGACCCAAACUCCUUCAGCGGCUCCGCGAGUGCGAUGAUGGCCAUGGCCCACGGCUCCGGAGGUGCCGAGAACUUCAACAAGGCCCCAUCUCCGGCUCCGGACGCAGGGCCCGCCGACCUGGGGCCGGAGGAGGUGGAUUCCGAGGCCGCGGAGGCGGAGGAGGGCGGCUCCCGCCUGCGGCAACUCUGCGAGCGCCUGCAG